AUGCGCUUUCCCGUCCGGUGGUUCUCGAAUACGGGCGUAAUGUUCGACUUCAGUUUCACGCUGUUCGUAUCCGUAUUGCUCGGGCUCGGUUUAAUGUGGCUUGCCGGGCGCUACUUCCUGAAGGAGGAUGUAGUGUACAUCCCAGACAACUGUCGACGGCACGCAUGGAAGUCAGUGAAGCUGCUGUCUCGGAGCUGCGUCUGUUCCGUGUGCGAUACGUCGAUGGCUUCGAAUGGCCACUUUUGUGAAAGUUGCGGUGUCUGCUCCGACAACGGAUGCGUCCGGAAAGCGGACGAAAAGUUCCCUUGUAAGCAGCUGCGUAUUCGUACCCGAGCGGACGAUGGUUCCAUCAGCAGGCAUCUGUGGGUGAAGGGCAAUUUACCCCUCGGCUCCGAAUGUACCGUGUGUGCCGAGGACAUAGAUCAGACCAGCGAAUUGGGACUAUACGGACAACGUUGUGCCUGGUGCCAACGGAUGGCACACGACAAGUGCUUUAGCGAGGUUUCCACCACGUUGUGCGAUUUCGGACCGUUCAAGGAGAUGAUCUUCCCGCCAAAAUGCAUUCUGGCAUCGCGUAGUAAAGCCUCUCCGAAAGUGCACCUUACGGGUAUUAUUCCACCAGAAUGGAAAGCCAACUGGCGACCACUGAUUGUUGUUGCGAACUCAAAAUCUGGAAGCAGUGGCGCUGAUCAGGUGGUAGCCUUAAUGCGUAGCAUUCUACAUCCGCUGCAGGUGUUCGAGCUAGGCCAGCACGGUCCACAUGAAGCCCUCCAGUGGGCCAUCCAUGCCGCACCGACACGUUGCCGAAUACUGGUGGCAGGUGGAGACGGUACGGUGGGUUGGGUGCUAAACACCAUUCUCCAGAUGAAGGUGGAACCACAUCCAGAAGUCGCCAUACUACCGCUCGGUACCGGGAAUGAUUUGUCGCGUGUUCUCGGCUGGGGCGCCGAGGGACCGAACGAGUUCGAUCCGAUCGAUUAUCUUACACGUAUCGCUCAUGCUGAAACAGUGCAGUUGGAUCGGUGGCUGACCGAAAUCAAUACCCACUCGAGCCUGGCGAGAUUCCACGUGCCUGGAUUCAGUCAGACGCGCCAUUUUCACAUGUACAACUAUCUCAGCGUCGGAGUGGACGCCCUGGUGACGCUGAACUUUCACAAGGCCCGUGAAAGCUCCUUCUAUUUGUACAGCAGCCGGUUCGUAAAUAAGCUAUUGUAUCUGUGCUUCGGCACACAACAAGUCGUCCAGCAGGACUGUGUGGAGCUAGAGAAGCAUCUUGAUCUGUAUCUAGAUGGCGAGCGGAUCCAGUUACCCUCACUCCAGUCGGUAGUUGUCUUGAACAUCGAUUCCUGGGGAGCAGGCGUUAAGCUGUGGGAAAUGAGCAAAAAUUCGCCAUCGCACAGCAUUAUGAAAGAGAUUCAUAGCAUUUCCGAUGGCAUUUUGGAGGUGUUUGGAGUGGUUUCAUCCUUCCACAUAGCCCAGCUGCAGGUGGGCCUAAGCAAACCGGUCCGCCUGGGACAGGCAAGAACCGUUCGGAUUGUUCUGAAACGCACGCUUCCCAUGCAGGCGGACGGCGAGCCUUGGAUGCAGUCGCCCUGUGAUAUAAAUAUUCAACACUUCGGUCAGGCCACGAUGCUGAAAGACGUGAAAAAGUGA